AUGACACCAAUAUGUACUUUGUAUAGUGAAUUUACUGAUGCCAAAAAUUUUCAAGGAUGUGGAUAUAAAUUAGAUAAGCUAGAAAAAAAAAAUGUCAAGAUUUUACAUCUCCAGAAAAAAUUAAAUCAGUACAUUAAUGACAAAAAUCAAAAUGACUUGAUUAAAAAACAAUUCAAAAAAGAAAUUAAAGGGUUGAAAAGCAAAAAUACCAACCUUACUGAAGAAGAAUUAUCUUUAACUCAGAAAUACUCAUCAAAAAAAGAUUCUGAGAUAAUGUCCCUCAAAGCUAAAUUGGUGAAUAUAAAGGUUAAAUUAAAUUCUAAGAUCAGUGAGCUUAAGCAUCUAAAAUCAGAGGAUAUUUCAGUAUCUGUGGUUGGUGGAGAUAGUGAAAAAAAUAUAUCAAAUGAAACUAGCAAAAAUUUCAGUAAAUAUUUUGUAUGCAGAAAAAUUAUGAAUGAAGUCAAAAAAAUUAGCACUGAUAUACUGACUCAUACUAAUGAUAAAAUUGUUCCAAUAUUAGAAUCUUCAAAAAUUGAUACUGAGGUUACUUUUAAGAUAAAGAAUAUAACUCCAAUUAGAUCUCAUAAUAUUACAAUAGAAAGAAGUGAAGAAUUACUUAUUAUAGCAUUAGGUGCUAGCAUUGUUAAUAAGUAUCAAACUACUCCUAUUAA